AUGUCGGAAGGGGCCGAUUCCCAGCCGGUGGCUUUGGGGGCGUCCCGGGUCGAACUGCGAGUCUCCUGCUGGAGCCUGCCAGCGAGAGAAGCCCACGUUAAACCUGAUCCGUGUCUGGUUAUCCAGCUGCUCAGCGAUGGACAGUGGAACGAGGUGGGGCGUUCGGAAGUCCUGCAUGGCUCCCGGAACCCGGUUUUCGCCCAUGUCUUUGCCCUGGAUUACUUCUUUGAGGAGAUGCAAAAUUUGAAAUUCGAGGUCUUUGAUGCCAACGGAGAAAGUGAUUCCGACCUGGGCUGUGAGUCUGGACCGCUGGUGGGCAUCAUCGAAUGCACCCUGGGGCAGAUUGUCUCCCAAACCAAGGUCACCAAGGAACUCCUGUUGCCAAACGGAGAGAUUUUGGAGAAUUCAACCAUCACGAUCGAAGCGGAAGAGGUCUCCCGAACCAACGAAUUCGUACAACUGGAAUUUUGUGGCCAAGAACUGGAUGAUAAGGAUUUCUUCAGCAAAUCUGAUCCUUUCCUGGAAAUAUAUAAAGUUAGCGUUGGCGAGUCGGAGACUUUGGUUUGGAGGACAGAGGUGGUGAAGAAUAAUCUCAGUCCUCAGUGGCAACCGUUCCGGAUUUCUUUGCAAUCGUUGUGCAGUUGUGAUCCCGACCGGCCGAUACGGUGUGUGGUUUACGACCAUGACUCCAGCGGGAAGCACGAUUACAUCGGGGAGUUCAGCACAAGUUUUCAAGAGAUGUUGCAGGCGUCCUCCGGCCAAGAGGUGAAAUGGGAUUGCAUUAACCACAAGUAUCAAGAAAAGAAG